AAUUCAAUGGAGGUCGAACAGUUGACUGGGUGAAAAAAAGAAGAAGAAGAAGAAGAAGAACAAGAAGAAGAAGAAGAAGAAGAAGAAAAUAGAAUAGGAUGGGAGUGGGAUGAAGAUAGAAAGGAGGGAGGAUGGAGAGAGGAAGCGAGAUGUCAAUCAUGACAUGCGUGACUUAUGUAUCCUUCGUUCGUCCGUACGUCCAAGCCACCACCACAACCACAUCCGAGUCUCUUUCUUUCUCUUUCUCUCUCUCUGUCUCUCUCUCCCUCACUCGCUCGCUCCCUUUUUACUCGGACCAAAAAGAAAAAAAAAAAAAAAAAAGCCCAAAAAGGUGGCCGAACAUCACCAAAGAGGCGCUUAGUAAUAGCCCCAGGCAGCAAAGAGGCUUCCGCUCCCGUGACUGGGAUUUUCUGCCGCAUCGAGAAAGCCGAACAAGAGAGAAGAAAAGAAGAAGAAGAAGAAGAAGAAGAACUACAUCGAUUGAUCUUAUUUAAGACUUGACUCGAUUUCAAAUCCCCCGAGCUCCACUUGAAAUCUAUCCGUCUUUCUCUCUAUCCUGCAUCAUAUAGUGAUAUAUUCUCCCACCCAUCCAACUAACC